AUGUAUACAGGAAGGAUCGGGUAUCCCUUGAAUGAAUUAACAAAUCAAGAUCUGAUAAAUGAAGAACUGUGCUACGAAGUUCGUCUACUCGAAGAGCCGCAGGAGAUCCUAUUCAAUCUCAUUAAACGUUUUAAGGAACGCGCUGCAAUUGUUACGAGCGGACAAUUGUCCGGAAUGAUUCUGCUCCACAUGGCUUACGAAAAUAAGCUGCCAUUUAGAGCCUGUACAAUUGACACGCUGCGUCUGUUCCCUGAAACCUAUGAAUUCUUCGAUCACAUCGAAGCGCAUUAUAACAUCCGCAUUGAGAGGAUUACCCCGGAGCCGGAAGCCGUAGAUCGAAUGGUCGCAAACCACGGGGAGUUCCUGUUCUUCGACAGCAAACAGAAACAGGAAUAUUGUUGUAACAUCAGGAAAGUGGAGCCGAUGCAACGAUUGUUGGAUACACUAGAUGUCUGGUUUUCCGGGCUUCGACGAGAUCAAUCCAGUAAUCGACAAAGCACCCCCAAAGCGGAAAUCAUCGAGCACAAGGGGCGUUCUAUACUGAAAGUCAAUCCGCUGGCGGAUUGGCCCGAAGCACGGAUUUGGGAGUACAUUCACAAACACGAUAUCCCCGUGAAUCCACUGAUGGAACCCCAGAAGUACGGGCAAUACUAUGAAUCACUCGGAUGCGUCAUCUGCACAACGCCAAUCCUGCCCGGUGAACCAAAAAGAGCAGGACGGUGGCGUUGGCAAAACGCGCCAUCAUCGGACGAAGAGAAUAAGAAAGAGUGCGGGAUUCACUACGCAAUAUAG